UGUACACAAGCACAAUGGGAUUUACCGGGUUCACAUUUAAGCGCUUUUUUUGUUGUUGUUUUUAAAAAAAUAACAAGUGUUUCGCUUUGACUACAAAGAGGAUGAAACGCAGUGCCGCUGAUUGAACAGGUGAGGGAGUGCCAUGCCAGCUGCUGCUCCCCUGUUGCUGCUCCUCGCCAACCUGUGGUGGCCUAUGGUAUUGCCCCUGGCCCACGGACAUCUUCACAGCUCCCUCACAUUCACCUCCCUCGAUGGCUCCCGCCUCAAUCACCUCCUGCUUGAUAAUAGCUCAGGACAGGUCUACGUGGGGGGAGUUAAUGUGCUCUAUCACCUCUCUAAAGACCUGCAGCUUCUUUCAAGGGGAAAAACCGGGCCCAAACUGGACAGUCCGGACUGCCUUCCCCCCAUCGACCCCACCGAUUGCACUCACGCUGAAACCACGGACAACACCAACAAACUUCUGUUAUUAGAAGAAGUGGAAGGAGAGCGUCCACGUAGCCUGAUCGUGUGUGGGACGGUGCUACAAGGCAUCUGUGAGAAGCGGAGUCUGGAGAACGUUUCACAGGUCCUGUACAAGACUGACAACCCUGUGGACACUCAGUAUGUGGCAGCAAACGAUCCUCGUGUGUCCACAGUGGGUGUGGUGGUGGAACAGAAAGGAGUUUUGCUUAUGCUCGUUGGGCGAGGCUACACCAGUAAAGGACCCGGUGGCAUUCCACCAAUCACUAUGCGCCGUUUGGCCCCAAACGGUCAGAACUCUGUGCCAGCGUUCUCCCACGAAGAACUUGGUAAGCUGGUCGUCGGUAGCUACUCAGAAUACAACAACCACUUUGUGAAAGCGCUCCACCACAACAAUUAUGUUUACUUCGUUUUCUCUCGGCGUGACGUGUGGGGUAAACGGGAGUACAGGACAUAUGUUUCAAGGCUCUGUGCAGGUGACCCCAAUUUCUACUCGUAUGUGGAGGUGCCACUCUCCUGCGUUGGAGGAUACAAUCUGGCACAGGCAGCCAUGCUUGGCAUGCACUUUGAACAACCUGCGUUGUUUGUGGCCAUGGCCAUGGGGCAAGCAUCAACCCCCACGCCCACAGACAAGUCAGCUCUUUGUGUGUACAAGGUGGAAGAUCUGGAUAAAGCUCUGCAUGGUGCUCAGCUGCUGUGUUACACACAGGAGGGAAAAGACCGCAAUAACAAGGAGAAGGCUUACAUCGAGUACGAAGUGUCUUCCAGUUGCUUGAAACUCCCGCAGGAUUCUUUGACGGAGUACCCCUGUGGAGAGGAACACACACCUAGCCCUAUUGCAAGUGCCAUUCCUCUUGAGUCCACGCCCGCUUUCACCUGGACUCCACCCAUCACCGCCGUCACCACGGCAACUGAGGUUGGCCACACCAUCGUACUGUUAGGAGACAAAAGCGGAAGGCUUCACAAGGUGUUCCUCAAUGCAAAUGGAACCGGCACCAAAUAUGACACUGUGGAGGUGGAUACAGAGAGUUCCAUUAACGCUGACCUGCUGUUGGACUCCUCCAAACAGAACGUCUAUAUGUUGACAGAAAGAAAGGUUACAAAGCUGCAGGUGUCUCAGUGUGAGAAGUAUUUAGACUGCCACUCAUGUCUGUCUAACAGAGAUCCCUACUGCGGUUGGUGUUCACUGGAGGGCAGAUGCACACGGAAGAUGGAUUGUGCACGGCAUGCUCAGCCACACCACUGGCUAUGGAGUUACGGCCUUGAACGUCAGUGUGUGUCCAUAGAGAGUCUAGAACCCGCCGUCCAGAGCAGAGAACAGCAGACACAGAUCUCUUUCACAGUUCUACAGUUGCCAGUUUUGUCAAAGGAUGAGUCUCUGUCUUGCGCUUUUGGGAGUUUGGCUGCUCAGCCUGCGGUUGUCAUGGAGAACCGAAUCACAUGUCAAUCACCCGCACCAGAAGAGCUCCCCCCCAGCCCGUUAGGCAACGAUCACGUGUCUGUUCGAAUGGCGCUGAAGUUUGGAGACGUGACCAUUUCCUACACAAACAUCACUUUUUAUGACUGUAAAACUGUCGGACAACUCAACGCAACAUCACCGUGCAUGGCGUGUGUGAGCAGUAUGUGGCCAUGUCACUGGUGUGUGAAGGAUGAGCUCUGCACUCAUGAUAAAAGUUGCCCGCAACAACACGCCAUCUAUAACAGCAGGGAGCAGUUGACACCUCGAGGGCCCGACUCUUGCCCCUGUGUUUGGGCCCUGCAAAGUUCGCCACUGGUUCCUGUUGGCUUUGACACUGAGAUCUCUCUACAGGGCAAAAACCUGGACAUAUUUGAGGACGAGGAAGAUUAUGAAUGCGUGCUGAUCAUCGAAGGCAGGGAGCUGCGUUUACAGGCCACGUUGGACCGCAGCAAAGAGACGGGGGUGCAUGUGUUCAAGUGCGCAGCUCAUCAGUUUCAGUACUCAGGAAAGCAGUUUGAAUAUUCAGCCCCUGUAUACCUGCAGUGGGGGAAGCAGCGUAUAGAUUCAGCACCACAUCUCCGUCUGCAGCUGUAUGACUGCUCAGUGGGACAGUCCGACUGCAGUCAGUGUCGUGCGGUUGCUGCCGAUUACGGGUGUGUGUGGUGUGGUGAUGAAACUCACAGCUGUCUUUAUAACCAAUCAUGCACCAGUGGAUCUGUUGACACUUGCCCUCCCCCACUCAUUGCUCAGGUCGAGCCACUGACCGGGCCACUAGAGGGCGGCAUUCUACUGACAAUCCAAGGCUCGAACCUGGGCCAGAGCUUCCAGGACAUCCAGGCGGGAGUAAUGGUGGCAGGGGUUACCUGCAGACCUCUGCCCGAGGCCUAUCGCAUAUCCACUAGCAUCGUGUGUGAACUUCAGACCAGUGCAAAUGUUACCGCUGGGCCAGUUGUCAUCACUGUCAGAGGGUCGGAGAUAGGAGAGUCUCAACAGACGUUCUCGUAUCAGAACCCACAGCUGACCCGGAUUGUACCUGGAAAGGGUCCUUUAGCUGGAGGCACGAUGCUCACAGUUCAUGGGUCUCAACUCCUGACGGGACAAAAAACAGAGCAAAGAACCGACCAGAUAACAGGCCUGCAGGCAUUCGUGGGCUCUCAGCCCUGUCGCAUAGAUGGAGUGAGUGACACUCAGCUGAUCUGUCGCACCAGUCACUCAAACCAAAAGGAAAAUGUGUCAGUCAAAGUCUUGUUUGGAAGGGCAGAAAGGAUUGUGGAUACUGUCCAAUUCAGCUAUAUGGAAGAUCCAGUCAUUACUGAUGUAACCCCUACAGAUAGUUUCUAUGGAGGAGGGCGUGUUUUAUAUCUGACCGGACAACACCUUGACGUUGUUCAACAGCCAAAGAUGUCAGUUUCUGUUGAGCCGAGAGGAACAUUUGAAGCCAGAAAGCGGCGUUACAGUCACGUUUCUGUCAGGAGUCCCCUGAUAACGAGACAAGAGUUGUGCACUAACGUUACCUCAGAGCAGAUGAUUUGCCGAAGUCCCACAUUGCCAAGGGAUUCCAGGAUCGUGCGAGUGUGGUUCGAGAUGGACAACGUGCACAUUGACUUUCACACCAUCAAAAGCACACAUUUUAAAUACCACUCAAACCCAGAGUUAUUCCCGCUCAACAGCGAGGCCCCGGGAACGGCCAUCCGCUUCAAACCUGGAGGAGUGCUGGCUGUAGAGGGUAAGGGACUGACUCUGGCCAUGAGCAGAGAGGAAGUUCUGGCACAGCUGGGAGAUAAAGAGUGUUACGUGAAGACUCUGGAUAACACACACCUAUACUGUGAACCACCUGAGGAACAGCCUCUCGCUGUGGGCGACGGCGACUUACCCAGCCUCAAAGUGUUAAUGGGAAGCCUAGAGUUUGAUUUGGGUCUAGUGCAGUACGACAAUGAUCUUCAUUCCCCAGUGCCUCUAGCUGCUCAAGUCGGACUGGCAGCGGGGGCAGCAGUGGUCGUACUCAUCGUACUGGUCAUCAUUCUCAUGUACAGGAGGAAGAGUAAACAGGCUCUGAGAGACUAUAAAAAGGUUCUGGUCCAGCUAGAGACUCUGGAAAUAAAUGUUGGAGAUCAGUGCAGAAAAGAGUUUACUGAUCUGAUGACUGAGAUGAUGGAUCUCAGCAGUGACGUUGGUGGACCUGGAAUUCCCUUUUUGGAUUACCGCACAUAUGCAGAGCGCGUUUUCUUUCCCGGCCAGAAGGGGGCGCCACUGAGUCAGAACCUGGACCUGCCAGAUUCUCGCAGACAGACUGUGGAGCAAGGCCUGGCUCAACUUAAUAACCUGCUCAACAACAGACUCUUCCUCAUACGGUUCAUUCAUACCCUGGAAGCACAGCAAAAUUUCUCACAGAGGGACAGAGGUUACGUUGCAUCUCUUCUCACGAUGGCUCUGCAUGAUAAGCUGGAGUACUUCACUGAUGUCAUGAAGAAUUUACUGGGGGAUUUGGUGCAGCAAUAUGUGGCCAAGAACCCCAAACUCAUGCUGCGCAGGACUGAAACGGUUGUGGAGAAGAUGCUGACCAACUGGAUGUCCAUCUGUCUCUACUCUUUUCUCAAGGAGGUUGCUGGAGAGCCUCUCUACAAGUUGUACAGGGCUAUUAAGUACCAGGUGGAUAAAGGACCAGUGGAUGCAGUGACGGGCAAAGCAAAACGCACUCUCAAUGACAGUCACCUUCUCAGAGAGGACAUAGAAUACUGCUCAGUUACUCUGACAGUGCUGGUAAAGAGUGGUGUCGAGGUCCAGCCCUGUCCUGUUAAAGUUCUGGACUCUGACACCAUAACUCAGGUUAAAGAUAAAAUCCUGGACCAGAUCUAUAAAGGAGCUCCUUAUUCCCAGAGACCAGCCGCAGACUCAUUGGACCUUGAGUGGCGAUCAGGUCAGGCGGGUCACCUGACUCUUUCAGAUGAUGAUGUCACAGCCAUCGUUCAGGGUCGCUGGAAACGGAUCAACACUUUACAGCACUACAAGGUGCCUGAUGGGGCCACCGUGGCUCUCAUCCCUCGUUCCCAGAGUUCUCAUGGAGUAAAUCAGGUGUACCAGACCGGAGAGAAAACUCCUAUGCUGGAGGGAGAAGAGGAAGAAGGUCUUCGGUUGUGGCAUCUAGUAAAGCCAAGCGAAGACACUGAAAUCCCCAAACACAGGAAGAGCAGCAUGAGAGAGAGAGAACGUGCAAAAGCCAUCCCAGAGAUCUACCUUACACGACUGCUUUCAAUGAAGGGCACUCUGCAGAAGUUUGUUGAUGAUGUGUUUGUAGCCAUAUUGAGCACCAAACGGCCUCCACCUAUCGCUGUCAGAUUCUUUUUUGACUUCCUGGAUGACAUGGCAGAGAAACACGGCAUUGACGACCCCGAGACGGUGCACAUUUGGAAAACAAAUAGUUUACCUUUGCGUUUCUGGGUGAACAUCUUGAAGAACCCUCAGUUUGUGUUCGACGUGCAGGUGACAGAUAGCGUGGAUGCUGUCCUCUCCGUUAUCGCACAGACCUUCAUUGAUUCCUGCACUACAUCCGAGCACAAAGUGGGUCGGGAUUCACCUGUCAAUAAGUUGUUGUACGCCAGAGAAAUUCCACGAUACAAGCAGCUGGUGGAGAGGUACUACAGUGAUAUUCACAACGCAGUGUCUGGCUGUUACCAGGAAAUGAAUUCCACCCUCACAGAGCUGUCAGGGAGUUUUGCAUCAGAGAUGAACAGUGUGGUGGCAUUGCAUGAACUGUACAAAUACAUCAACAAAUACUAUGAUCAGGUUAUCAUGUCUCUGGAGGAAGACGCUGCGGGGCAAAAGAUGCAGUUGGCGUAUCGCCUGCAGCAGGUCGCCGCCCUGGUGGAGAAUAAAGUCACUGACCUUUAGGCUUUGACCUUUGACCUUUUUAAAGCUCAUCAAUAAUCACAUCUGAGAGUCCAAUCAGUGCUUUUUCGAGCAAAGUAUUGAUUAAUCAGCUGAUGAAAUCCAACCACAGCACUAAACCCUGCCCUUCUCGCGUGCUUGCGUGACUUUUCAAAUGAGCACUCGGCGAAUUCUUAACAAAAGGGAACAGGAAAUGAAGUAAUGAUCACCUCCUUUCGAUGACACCUUAAUGGGAUUUUUAUUGGAGAAGGAUCUGUUUUCAAACUGAAGUUACGAACUACUCAUAGUAGUACUGACAAAUUCAAAAUUGUGUGCAUGUUUGUUAAUUGGUUGUGUGUAUGUCCAAAAGGGGCUGCUGUAUAUGUGAUGCUUACUUGAUUCAAUUUUGAUGACACUACUGAAGCAACUCUCACAUGUAUUGUGACAUGCUGAGAUGUUUGUACUUUCAUUCCAUUGAUCGAAGUUUCAUGGACUGCUACAAGUCGACCUCUGUCAUAUUCAACCAUUACAGUCAUCUUGGUGCUUUGGACAUCCACCAUUAACUUCAUCUAUAUGGAGUAUUGUGGUCCAGGUUUAGAGGUGUCUGUGUUUUCUUUUUGCUUAGUUUUUAUGCUUCAUUAUCAAAACUCAAAAUCAAAGACUGGCCAUGUGGUAUUAACAUUUUAUAAUAACAUUUCUACAUUAGACUUGUAGAUCACGCAAGUAUUAAACUUGGAACAUUUACGUGGAAUUUUCUAGAGCAAAUCUUUGCACAUAAGUGCCAUAAGUUACGAGAGCACAAUAUUUGUGUGCACGUUAUUGUGUGAUUUUAUGAGUGCAUGCAAGUGAAAGUCACAAAUUCACAGUUUUUGAGGAGUUUUUACACACGGGGAUGCUAAAUGACCUUUUGACCUAUCCGAUAGUCUGAUUUCAGGCUUGUAGCACUAUGAUCUUAUUAAGUUUGUCAUAGCAUCAAUAUGCCUUCACUCCCAAGAUUUCUGGUUUUUCUAACAAAAACAUGUACAGGUCACAUUUCACCCCAAAAUCAAAAGAAAAACACAUUUGAAGCCUGAUUUAUGACCAUUAAGAUUUUCAGCCGUGUUCAAUAGUUUUCAUGACAAUCAAGCACUCUUCCCACACAAAUUCUCAUUACCGUAAUGCAUCCAGGCAUUUUUGUCAUUCCCAUGAUUGCCAAUGGUGAUUAUGUAGAUAUACUAUUGCUUUUUUUCAUUUAAAUCAUCAUUAAAUUAAAGGCAUAUAUACUAUCAUGAUAUUUAUUUGCUUUACACCAAUGACAAUUUUAGUUUAUUUUUCUCAUUACGAUAAUGUGAAUUGGGGGUGGGGGGUUUCAUUGUCAUUAUAAAUGACAUUAUAUAAUGUCACAAUGCCAAAAGUCUUAAUGAACCUAAACUAGAAUUUAUAUAUCUUGAUUUUGGGGUGAAAUAUGACCCAGUUCGCCAAUACUUGCAUUAAAUUCAAUAGCACAAGGUAGCACAUUUCUCCAAGAUACAAUAUCAUGUGAUUUGUGUCUCAAAUGAAAUUCAAAGAGAAGCAACUGGGACACGUGGUUUCUUGGGUGAUAUUAAAAACAAAAUUGGGUCAGUUUGGGAUCAUCUUUGGAUUUUGGGGUGGCAGGCAGCGAAAAGCAUCUUUAUUGCUCUGUUCCAGUAAUUAGAAAAGACGCAGUUGAAUUGAGAGUUGUGUAAUUCAGACACUGCAUAGAAACUAACUUAUUAUAUUGUAAAUAAUGCUUAUUUAUACAUGACUGCCAAAUGUGCCUUCUUUGUUACAUUUUAUAAUGUCUACCCAUUGCUUGACAUUACUUGCCAAAUCGAGAAGAUGAUGAACUGUGGCACUGCUGUUGCCUGUGAAGAAAGUGUGAAUUAGUAAAGAUCAAUAGUGACUUGAGUUCAUUGGGCUGUUGGUCACUGGACUUCAGUGUGUCUCAGGAUUACAGCCACUGAUCUAAAUGCAUUCAGUAUAAACACUCUUGUAGCCAAAUUAAUUUCUAGUUCAGUCCAACACUUCAUUUCCAACCUGCUUGUCGCAGGUGACAAAAGUGUGAAUUGUAACGAUUUCAGCUUUGAAUUUACAUUUUAUGUUAUGUGAAUCUGUUCUUAUUUGCUUGUUCAAAUUAUAUUUUGUUUCUUACCCAAAGCACUUUGUGUGUACAUUUUGGUUCACCCACAAUGUCUACAUUUUUGUAAAGCUUAACGAAUUAAGGGAUAUGUGCUUUAAUGCAAUCUCUUCAUGUAUAAAACUGAAACUAACAUUUGAAUCUUUCUCAUUUAUUCGAGGGUCACUGCUAAACCCCUGAUUGAUGCUUUUAUAUGUAUUAGAUGCUAUCUGGACAUCUAUGUGAAAUGCAUUUUCGAAGGAUUUUCUGGUCCUGCAUUUAGUUAUGUGACAGUUCAUCAUACUAAUGUAUGCCGGAGGUUGUGUUGUAAAAAUAUGAAAUGAUAACUCAACUAUUAGUUUGCUCAUCCUGUGUAUGUUUAUUAGCCUGUUUUUGAAUGCAUUUUGCCUCAAUGUAUUUUUGAUUAUUAUAGACUGAUGCAUGCUUGAGAUUUGAUUGGAUUUCUGAUUGGUAUGGUCGAUGAGAGGUCCACUCUACAGACAGCAUUAUAAGUGCAUGACUCUCAAAAACAUGAGUGGACCACUGUGUGCGUGUGCACUAAAAUUUGUAGGUAUUAGUAGUGCUUUGUACAUAAUGGUGAGGUUAUGUGCGAAUCUCCUUUUAUUCAUUUCUUUGUGUAAAUUUGUAUUUUAUUUUUAAACAGUCUUGCAAUUGACUGUCUUGCCAAUCAUGUGGAAUACAGCUUUGUAUCUUUGCAGAUAAACAAUUCAGCCUGUUGCUUAAAGGAUUGUUGGUGUAUAUGAAGCCCUUGCCCGGCACCAUGUUUUACACAACUUUUGUACAAGGGAAAAAAAUAAUAUAGUAAUUUUCUAAUGAAGUUGGGGUUAAAAGAGAACUUUCUAAAGAGACCCAUUCUAAAGACUUGCUCUUUUGUAUUUGUAUUGUGUAUAGUUUGCUAACAAUUGUGUAUAUGUGCCUGUACAUAUUGUGAAGAAGACGAUUCUUUUCUUCUCAUUACUUUUUUUCAGCUUGGAUAGAAUUACUCUCUCCAUUGAGGAGAAAUUGGGAGCCAAAAUUAAAAAAUGAGUGUAAUAGAUAUUUGUAUCUGGAAACAAAUAAAGCUAUAAUUUUAACAAUGAAGACAAAUGUGUUUAAAGGAUUAAUUCACACAAAAAUGAAAAUUCUCCCAUAAUUUACUCACCCACAUGCCAUAUGACUUUAGUUCUU